UACCAUUGUUUUGACGUUUUCAACCUAACCUGUCGGCGAGUCUAUUUUUGUGCUAAAAGUAUACUAAUCACACCAUGUAAAGAAACUAAAUUAUUAGCAGCAUGCCAACAUAACAUGACUGCACUCAUACCCACCGUGCAUCUAGUCAUAAAUUUUACUUUAUAAAAAACCUCCAAGAUGUCCAGAACUCAAAUAAGCGGUGAUGCAGCCGACACUAGCUUAUUGUGGAAACAAAUCUUUUCGGCAUUAUUCUACGGGACAGCGUCGUUUGCAAUUACGGUAGUUAAUAAGACGGUCUUAACAAACUACGGAUGUCCCUCUUCGAUUCUAGGAAUAGGACAAAUGGUGACGACGAUUGUCCUAUUGUUGGUGGCGAAAUAUUUGAGAUGGGUGUCCUUUCCGAGCUUCGAGUUAGGGACGUUCAACAAAAUAUUUCCUCUGCCAUUCAUCUACAUCGGAAACAUGAUGUUCGGAUUGGGCGGUACUAAGGAACUCAGUUUGCCCAUGUUCACAGUACUGCGAAGAUUCUCCAUUUUAAUGACUAUGAUACUGGAAUUUUAUAUUCUCGGUGUCAGACCAAACUUUAGUGUGCAAUUUAGUGUUUAUACAAUGAUCAUAGGUGCCAUCAUCGCUGCUAGUUACGAUAUAGCUUUUAAUUUACACGGUUACGUGUACGUGUUGAUGAACGAUUUGUUUACUGCGACCAACGGUGUUUAUAUGAAGAAGAAACUCGACUCCAAAGAGUUGGGCAAAUACGGAUUACUGUUCUACAACUCACUUUUUAUGCUCAUUCCCGCUUUGUUCUUCGCUUUUUAUACCGGCGAUCUGGAUUUAGCCGUAAAUUUCACAUAUUGGAAUGAUUAUUUGUUUUUGACACAAUUUUUCUCAUCUUGCAUUAUGGGCUUUGUUCUUUCAUACAGCAUAGUGUUGUGUACUAUGUACAAUUCUGCACUGACGACAACUAUAAUUGGAUGUUUGAAAAAUAUUUGCGUGACGUACCUCGGUAUGGUUAUCGGAGGUGAUUAUAUAUUCUCGUGGAUCAACUUUAUCGGAUUGAAUAUAAGCGUAGCAGGAAGUCUGAUAUACACGUACGUAACGUUUAAAAGAAAAGAGUCCGUUCCAUACAUGCCUGUACCACAGUCGAGUAAAGUAGGAAGCAUUGUAUAAUAUUAUAUAUUUAUUUCUAAAAUUCAAAUAUAAUUGUAUAUUUUAGAAAAGCCAAAGUUAUUCAAAUAUAUGUAUAUCUAUUUAUUUAAGAUAAUUAAUAUUAUGCUCAAUUUGUUGCAAUUAUUGUGUAGAUGUACAGGGUGUUUUAAAUUUAUUACCCUAAUUUGGAAUUAAUAUAUAUGAAAUAUUUUAUAUUUCGCAUAGUCAUUGGUUUAUAGCUGGUUCUUAUCGAAACAAUAAGUGGUAUUUAUUAUGUAAUAUCAGGUUUUAAAUGUGCAAUUAAAUUUCACGUAAAAUCAAUGAUAAUUACAAUCAACGUGACCACUCAUUUCAAUAUCACCUUUAGAUCCUGUUUUAAAUAACUGGAACGCAAUUUUACGUGAAAUUUUGUGUAGAAUAUUUUAGACUAAGUUACAAGUUCCUUACAUUUCCAAUCCAUUAAAUUGUUUAUAUUGUAUAGUAUUAGUUGUACCAAAAAUUAAAUUACUGUCUAAAUUCUAUAUAAAUAGUUACAUGUAUGUAUGUAUUGUUUCAUUUUUCCCUUAAAUAUAUUUUUUCUAUAACA